AUGGUGACGCGGCUCCAAGCGAAGUCGGCCACGCGGCGGUCAGCUCCUGCGCGAUGUGAGGGGAGAGAGAAGGGGAGAGAUUCUAAUAAUCCAGCCAACAACAACGAGUUCAACCUGAUCCCGGAGCCCCACGAGGAUGGUGGCGACGAGGAGGCAAAGUUCAGGGGCUUCUUCCCGUGCCCGAGGACCUUGGGGCUGGCGGUGACCGUGGCGCCGAAGGCCACGUUGGUGUCGUUCAGGCGGAGGCACAUCAAGUACGUGGUGGCCAUCAAGGUCAAGGCGUCGAGGCUAUGCUCGUCGGUGGCAGCCUCGAUGCCAAGCCUUGCCGAGCUUUGGCACACCACCUUAGCUGAUGUCAAGUCCAUGGCGCUCAAGUGCGCUCUGAAUCUCCGCAUUGCUGACGCCAUCCAACUCCAUGGUGGCGGCGCCACUCUCCCCAAGAUAAUCGCCAAGGUCACGCUCCACCCGUCCAAGAUCCCAUGCCUGCGUCGCCUCAUGCGCGUGCUCUCUGUCACCGGCAUCUUCAACAUCCAGCAACCGGCUAACGACGGCGGCGAGCAAGUUUAUGGGCUCACGCCGGCAUCCCAACUUCUGGUUGGCGCCUCGAACUUGACUCCCUUGAUGACCUUGGUGUUGGAUAGCAUCUCCGUGUGCCUCUUCCUUGACCUCGGCGCAUGGUUCCAGCGCGAGCUCCCAGAUCUGUCCCUCUUCGAGAUGAAGCACGGGCAAAGCCCGUGGGAUUUCAUCAACCAAAACUCACUGUUUGGUGCCCUCUUCAACGAAGGGAUGGUCUCAGAUUGCAGCUUCAUCAUGGACAUCGUCAUCAAGGAGUGCGACGACGUCUUCCAGGGUAUAAGCUCCCUGAUCGACGUUGCCGGGGGGCUCGGUGGCGCAGCCCAGGCCAUUGCAAAGGCGUUCCCGCAUGUCAAGUGCAGCGUGCUGGAUCUCCCACAAGUCGUCGCCAGUGCUCCCGCUAGCACUAAUGUAAAGUACACUGCCGGUGACAUGUUUGAGAGCAUUCCUUCGGCAAACGCUGUCUUCCUCAAGGACGACGCAGAGUGUGUCAAGAUAUUAAAGAACUGCAAGAAAUCUAUAUCUCCCAGAGAUGCAGGAGGAAAGAUCAUAAUAUUAGAUAUGGUGGUUGGAGGAGGGAAGUCAAAUCUAAAGCAUCAAGAGACGCAAGUGCUAUUUGAUUUCUUCAUCAUGUUUUUCAAUGGCGUCGAGCGAAAUGAGCAAGGGUGGAAGAAGAUUAUUUUCGAAGCUGGAUUUAGCGAUUACAAAAUCAUGCCCAUUCUAGGUGUUCGAUCCAUCAUCGAGGUCUACCCAUAACAUUUGGGAACAACUGGUUAACUCGCAUGGAGCUCUUGUUAAUUUGCAGUCCUAAAUAAUAAGUGUGUUUGCCUUACUGUGGUGGUCAACCACAUCGUGCCCGCUGAACGUAUGAUUCCGCGCAUAUUAUGUACCUGGAAAUUGUACCGCCUAUAUACCUGUCUAUGAAAGUUCACUUUG